ACUGGGGUAGUCAAGAGUGUGUUUGUGUGUGUGCAACAGGAGACCUACAGUAGCGAAGCCCUAGUGAGGAUGAGAAGUUUGAGCGUUUGUGGCCUGCUACUACUGGCUAUAUCUGUGGUCUGUAUGACGUCAGUGGAAGCAAACGGCCACAGACGGCGCAAGCGAGAAUGGAUCAUACCACCCUCAAAACUGGAGGAGAAUGUUGACUACACCAAUCGAGAGUACAUUGCCAAGAUUCGCUCAGACCUUGACGAGGAGAAAAGAGUGAAAUACAGAUUGGCUGGAGCAGGGGCAGAUGAGCCUCCUGUCAAUCGCUUCAUCAUUGACUCAGACACUGGCUUUGUGAAAGUCACCGGCAUUUUGGACAGAGAGGAAAUCCAUCAGUAUAAUCUGACUGGAAUUGCCAUGUUCGUUGAUGGUUCAGAGGCAGAGGAAGCCAUUGAUCUCACUAUCGUUGUCAUUGAUAAAAAUGAUAACCCUCCAAAGUUCGAAAUCCAGAGUGGCACUGUCAGAGAAUGCAGCACAGUCGGGGCCAUCAUAAUGAACGUGACCGCCCACGACGAAGACCGGAAAGGGACAGUUAAUGCAAAGAUUGCCUACAGCAUCCUCAAGCAAGAGCCUGCAGGUUCUGGAAUGCUGUUCUCCAUCGACAGGGACACAGGACAGGUGUCUGUGAAAGAGCCAACUCUGGAUCGGGAGACCAACGAUUUCUAUGAACUUACUGUCCAAGGAGUGGAUCUGGAUGGGGCUCCAAAUGGAAAUACUGCAACUGGCACAGUGCAGAUUACUGUACAAGAUAUCAACGACAACGUCCCUACUCUCGAGAAGGAGGAGUACGCUGGCAGUGUGGACGAAGGAGCUGUGGAUGUGGUGGUGAUGAAGAUCAAAGCUCAUGAUGUGGAUUUGAAGGACAGUGAUAACUGGCUGGCCGUUUUCAAUAUUGUUUCUGGAAAUGAAGAAGGCCUCUUCACAAUCCACACAGAUCCCAAGACCAAUGAAGGUAUCCUGAAGCUGGUUAAGCCUGUGGACUACGAGAAGAUCAAAAAGCUGAACCUUGGGUUGGAGCUUGAGAAUGUCGCUCCAUUCAUCAAUGGCACAGCCUUGGCUCUUGGAUUAGGAUUUCAGUGGCCAGAUCAGGACUUGGAAGCAGAACCUGGCCCUGGUUCUGCAGUUCCCAUUGCCAUUGAUGUUGGCGGAGGUGGUGGAGGUGGUGGUGGUGGUGGAGGUGGCAAUCCAAAUGUUGAUGUCUCUCCUGAUGGUAAACCUGUUCAGCCUGGUACUAAACCUGGAGGGAAACCAGGGCCUAAUCCAUCCGAACCAGGGCCCAAGCCAUCCAAACCAGGGAAAAAGCCACCUGGUAAAAGUUAUCCUAUUUCAAUUGCGGUCAAAAACAUUCCUGAUGGACCUACUUUCAACCCGGAGUCAAAAGAUGUGCCACUGUCCGAAAACCCAGAGGAGAUUGAACUUCACUCAGUCAUAGCUGUGUACCCAGCUGUGGAUGGUGAUACUGGAGAAGACCUAGAUAAUGUCAAGUAUGCUAAAGGAUUCGACCCCGACAACUGGUUGAUUGUUGAUGAAGACACCGCAGAGAUCAGACUGAACAAGAUACCAGACCGAGAAUCUCCAUUCCUAAAGAAUGGCACAUAUUAUGCUGAGGUCCUCUGUCUAGUCCAAGAUGGAUCAGGAAGGACUGCAACUGGAACCAUUGCCAUUAACGUACAGGAUUCUAAUGACCACUGCCCAGAACUGACUAGCACAUACCAGAACGUCUGCACAGAUUCUAAAGUUGUGUACAUGUCUGCCAUCGAUGAAGAUUUCAGUCCCAACGGAGAACCGCUCCACUUCUCUAUCAUUUCAGAGGAGACCACAGGACCAUGGGAGAUAGAGAAUCUCAAUGGCACCGCAGUGGCUCUGCAUCCGAUGGAGCCCUUAUGGCCAGGAGUCUACACGAUCACGAUGGAGAUAACUGAUGCUCAGGGUUUGUCCUGUCCAGACAAGCAGGCACUGGAGCUGGAGGUCUGCACUUGCACAGAUGGGUAUGGCUGCAGUCUCAGAGGAUAUUUUGGCUCAUCCUCCAACUCUGUCAGUUUUGGAGCACCAGCUAUUGGCCUUCUGUUGGCAGGACUGGCCGUCUUAUUGGUGGUCCCCCUGCUGCUGCUGUUCUGCCAGUGUGGAUCUGUAACUGGCAUGGCUGACCGGUUCAUGGACUUGCCUUUUGAUGCUAAAGAGUACUUGAUCCCAUACCACACGGAGGGCAAGGGAGAAGACAAGGGAGUCCCUACCCACCUGCUGCCAGUAACUACAGUAGAAGCAGCACCUGUGGCCCUCAAUUCUGCAGUGGAGCAACAAACCACUCAGAUGUCCAGCAGCACCUACAGCCAGAUGAUGCAGAUGAGCCAGUUUAAGGCGGCACAACGUGCGGAGAUGGACAUGAGGAGCAUGACGGAGCAUGCAGCCAUGAGCCAGGCUUACACACUCAGUACUCAGUACCAGAGAGACUCAAUGUACCGCAGUGUCACCCAGCAGCAGAGCAGGCAGGCAGGCUUGGUAGACAUUUAUGGAGCUAUGGCUCUACCUAAUGGUUUUCUGAUGGAGUACUUCGCCCAGAAGUCAGCAUGCAUAGCUGAGCAGGAUCAACAGAAGGACAUGUUGCUGGAUUAUGGCUACGAGGGACAGGGAUCCCCUGCUGGCUCUGUGGGCUGCUGCAGUCUCCUGGGGUCUGACGAUGACCUUCAGUUCCUGGAUGACCUGGGGUCAAAGUUCUCCACCCUGGCCCACAUCUGCAAGCCACCAAAACUGAUUCUGGAAAAAAGCGAGACGUCACUGCAAGCAAUAACAGAGCGAGAAAGUUCUUUGUCUGUCAGCACUGUGAUGGUUUCCAAGGCUGUUCCUCCUCCUCCAUCUCCUCCUCCUUCUCCUCCUCCUCCUCCUGUCCACACUGAGAUAUGCAGGACCAUCAGCAGCUCCUCUACUCUUCCCAGGAUGCAAUUGUGCGAAGCCGUUGCCAUGCCGACCCAGACUGUGCUGGUGCAGCAGCAGCCCAUGUACUACGUGGUGGAGCCGCAGCAGGUCCAGAGCACAGUGCUGCUGGCUGAGAGGCCCCAAGUGGGUCUGGGUCAGGGAAUGAUCCUGGUCAACGGGAGCCAGGCGGCCACAGAGGGGGUGCUGCUGCAGGGGGGAGGCCUGGUGCAGGGGGCCCAGGGGCUGGUGAUGGCCCAGGGUGGUCAGGGUUUGGUGUUGCAGCAGGGUGGGCACGUUCAGAGUGGUCAGGGUUUGGUGUUGCAGCAGGGUGGGCAUGUUCAGGGUGGUCAGGGUUUGGUGUUGCAGCAGGGUGGGCACGUUCAGGGUGGUCAGGGUUUGGUGUUGCAGCAGGGUGAGCAUGUUCAGGGUGGUCAAGGUUUUGUGCUUCAGCAGGGUGGGUAUGUUCAGGGUGGUCAGGAUUUGGUGUUGCAGCAAGAAGGCCACGUUGAGGGGGCACAGCGGGUGAUCGUCCAUGGCUCAGGCUCUGCACAGGCUAACUUGGGACGAGCGGAGAGUCUGCUAAUGCCACAGGGCGGGCACUUUCAGGGCGCUCAAGGUUUGGUGCUGCAGCAGGGAGGACAGGUUCAGGAGACACAGGGCCUGGUGUUGCAGCAAGGAGGGCAUAUUCAGGGAGCUCAGGGCCUGGUGCUGGUUGAGCAACACAUAGGGUCACUGCAGAGGGGUGGCGUCCUGGGGUCCCACAGUGAUGAAAUGCUACUUUGUGAGGAAAUCAUCAGCGGUCCCUCCAGUCCAUCAGUCCACAGUAUAUCCAGUGGUAGUUUCUUGCGUCGCAGUAGUGUCCUUGCCCCAUCCUGGCAUCCCACUCAAGCUGGGCUCUCCCCAAUGAACGGCACCUCGCAGUAACGACCAAGAGCCAGGUGCCAAAGAGGAGCAACAGAUAAAGCGCUUGGCAAAUAGGCGGCGACAUGACUGCGCUGUCACUUCGCACGCACAUCAGCGCAGAUAUGUUUAACUGGAAAGCAUGGGAUAAAGAAUAGAUUUUUAUUGAUAUCAUAUAUCUUAUCAUAUAUUCUAUCAUAUAUUUGAUUUCAUAUUGUAAUCCACACGGCGGCAAAGUGCAACGCUGGUGUGCAGAAUUGUAUUGAAAACUAUGGAAUGUAAUGUAAUCAAAUGUCAGAAGCAGAGUGUGCCGCACUCAUGUCAGUGCCAACGUGACAUUCACUUCUUCACGACGUAACAAAGGUUCAUUAAAGAAUGUUAACGGAUACAAUGUGGACACAAACUAUCCGGCGCAACACGACAGUCGCGCAGUCGCUUACAAUUAGGACACGGUGUUACAGUAAUACUACAGAGUGAAAUCACCUUUUGUAAAAGAUCAUGGCUUGUCUUGAGGAGGCUCAUUUAUGCUAAAGAUUAGGGAGGAAGGCAAGUGAGGAAGUACAGUAAGUACUUCUAAUGAGUUGAGUCUGAGAGGAGGUGUUCUCGAGGACAUACAGUAGAACUGUACUGUAGCUUAACCUGACUUCCCCCACAGUCAUAAAGCAAAGCAGAAUAUUCAUCCUAAUGAUGCCUUAUUGGGAACUAGGUAAUACUGAAGUUAAAAAAGAAUCCUGACAGUAGAAAAAAAUAAAUAAAUAAUCAUUGCUGGCAUCACAUUUAAAAUGAAUGUAUAUUUUUCAUAAAAUAGCACCAUUUGUCAGCUUCAAUAUUUUAGUGCACUAAAAAACUGAUUAUUAUCAGAUUUUUUGAAAAUUUGAUCAUUAUCAGUUGAUUACCGUUAUCGGUCCAUCUGUUUAACACACCUAGGUUUGUUAUUUAGAUUAUAUACAGUGGGUAUAGUAAGUAUUCACACCCAUGCUAAAGU